AUGAGCGCCCAGCAGCUCAGAUCGGUGGAUGACCUGGAGGAUGCACUGCUAGAGGUGAUACUUGCGCACGCCUGCGCAAUCGGUGGCGCGGGUGCGCCGCCCACGCCGUGCUACCGCCACAGCGCCGCCAUCCCGCAAGUCUGCAAGCGCUGGAGCCAGGUGUAUGUUCAGAGCACCGUGUUGUGGCAGGAGCUGCGCCUGGAUUGGGCAGUGGUGCAGCAGCAGGCGGACGGCGGCGGCGUGGCGUUUGCUGCUGCCGCCGCCUGGCUCGCCUCGCGCCUGCCGUACGCGCGCCGCCUCAUCUUCCGCGGCUGCCAUGCGCUGGCAGGGCUACCGCAGCACCAGCUCUUCCCGGGCGGCUUGCGCAGCUCCCGCCUGCGCGAGGCGCUUUUCCUGGAUACCCGCGGCAGCUUCGGUCCAGAGCUGGGCCUGCUGCGGGGCUGCCCCGGCGUGCAGGCGGGCGAGGCGCUGCAUCAGCUUGUGGCGCUGCCAGCCCUGCAGCGCUUGGAUCUGCGUCUUGUGGGCAGCACGAGCGGGGUGGUCACCGCGCUGGCGGGGCUGACCCAGCUGGCGCUGAGCUGUCGCAUGGAGUCGGCAGCUCUGGCUCCAGACCUGCUGGAAGGGCUGAGCCAGCUGCGGCGCCUGGAGCUGCGCACGGUGCGGCUGGCCCAGUUCACGCCUCGCCUUGCGCAGGCCCUGGCCCGCCUCACGCACCUGGCCUGUGCAGACGUGCUUGCGGCGCAGCCCCGCCGGCGGGCGGGCAUCCAGCUGUGGGAGGGCCUGCGCCACCUGGCAUCCCUGCGGGAGCUUUUCCUGGAGAACCAGAGCGGCGCCGGCAUGCCGGGGAAUGCGCUGGCCUGCACCGGGCUGCUGGGCCUGACGCUGCUGUCCUGCGCCGUCCAAGACUGGCCGGCGCUGCCGCGGCGCUACGCCGGCGAGAGCGGGUGCAUCGGCAGGCUGCAGUCGCUGCACCUGGGGUCGCUGCGCCUCGCCCGGCCCGUGCCGCCGCAGCUGUGGGCGCUGGCGGCGCCCGCGCUGACCUCGCUGACCUGGCACAGCGUGACCAGCUUCCCGGCAGCUGAGGAGCUGCACCUGGCUGAAGGCCCGCCGCAGCAGCUCAUGCAGGCGAGCGGCCACAGCCGGCAGGCACUGGGGGCUGCGCAGGCGGCCCCAGUGCCGGCAGAGUGGGUGCACCUGCAGCAGCUGCAGGCGCUGCAGCUGGAAUAUGCGCAGCUGGAUGUGGUACCACCAGCAGUACAGGGCCUGCUGCAUCUCACCUGCCUGUCGCUGGAGGGCAACCGCCUGACCACGCUGCCGGUGGGGCAGUAUCUCACGGGCCUGGAGCGGCUGAGCCUGGCCAACAACGCACUGGCGGAGGUGCCAGAGGGGCUGACCGCUUGCAGCAGCCUGCGGGAGCUCUCCCUGGCGGACAACCCGCAGCUGGUGGUUGGCAGCGCGGCGGCGCAGCAGCUGGCGGCGGCGGUGCCUCACCUGGAGCGCCUGCGCCUCAACAUGGAGGUCCACUGUGGAGGGGAGGGCGGGGAGGGCGGCGGCGGUGGCGCAGGCGCGGCAGGGGGCAAGCUGCGGGCACAAAUGGAGGGGCUGCAAACGCUGACGCAGCUGCUGGGCAACCGGCUGGUGCUGGAGCCUUGA